GGCACGCGGGGGAAGAAAGGGAGAAUACAUGUGUGUGCGUGAAGGAGCAGUUCUGUUUUUGGUGGGGUCUGCGUGAGGUGCAGCUUUUUAUUCAAGUCGAAAUGGGAGCUUUACAUUAUGUGUGUGUUCUGGCUUGCACUGUUUUCGUUUCUCAAGCAAAUGGACUCAAAACUUACCGGGACAUGUUCCCUCACAAGCAUUCAUUGUCGAUGAAGUUCCCGCCGAUCCCUGGUUGGAGCCCAGACAGCAACCCGUGGGAUGACUAUAUCUACCCGCCCUUUGGCCCCAAGGAACUAACGCGGAGAAAAGGUAAGCCCGUCAAAGUGCGCCUGACCAGCGACAGUCCAGCAAUCAAAGGUUCUAAAGUGUCAUUCACUGCCAAGCUGGAGUACCCGCCAUGUCAGAAGGAGGACACCAAUGGGGAGCUGGUGUGGGAUGAGCAUUGUCCAGAUGCUAACAGUCAGCUUAAAUCUGGCUAUGUAUUUAACUGGACCUCCUGGCUAGAUGACUACGGCUUUGGAAAGUGUACUGACCUGAAGAGAUGUAACGUCUUCCCAGAUGGGAAACCCUUCCCUCAGAGCAACGACUGGAGACACAAGGGCUACGUCUAUGUAUGGCACUCCAUGGGUCAGUACUCUGAGACGUGUGAUGGCUCCUCUUCCACCCUAACAGUGAACACCAGUGACAUAAUUUUGGGGGCGGAGCUGAUGGAGGUCAUGGUGUACAGGAAACGCGAGCGCAGAAAGUACAGCCCCCUGGCCACCGACAAGGCAGUCUUCUUUGUCACAGACAAGAUCCCAGUGGCUGUGAAUAUUUCCCAGAAGGCAUCAGCCAAUCUGUCGGACAGCGUAUAUGUGCGUGGCGAGGAAGUUGUGUUCAGUGUGUCCGUUCACGACCCUAGUGACUACCUGAAGACCGCAGACGCCGUCGACUACAUCUGGGACUUCAAGGACGGCAACCAGCUGGUCACCCAUAGCAAUGUAGCCACUCACUCCUACAGUGCGGUAGGAGGUGUCAACGUGAAGCUGAGGGUGGAGGCAAAGUUCAAGAUCCCAUGUCCUCCGCCCACGCAAACUACAGCGGCCCACACACCUCCCCCUGGCACUCACGCCAUCACUCGCAAAAUGGAGACAACCCAUGGUUUUGUGCCAGUCACCACUGCCAGACCCGCCUCCAACACACCUGUUCCUAUGACUACAGGCUUCCCGACAACAGAGCCCCUCCCCCCGACGGUUGCUGAUGUGACUUUGGCGCUGUUCAACCCGAUACAACUUUUUGCACAGUUCUUGCUAGCUGGCCCCACCCCCAUGUCCCUGCCCACUGGCCCUACCCCAAUGUCCCUGCCGGCUGGCCCCACCCCCAUGGCCCAGCUCCGCUACGCACAUCUGGCAGGCAAUGAUUGCUUCCGCUACUUCUACGGAACCUUCCAGACCAACAUCACCAUUAUUGAACCCAAGCACUUCAUCAACAGCCAGCCAGCCAAUCGGAUCCUGGAAGUGUUUGCUGCCAAGGUCACCAACACUGACAUAAGCUUCCUGGUCAAGUGCCUGGGCAGCACUCCCACCUCAGCCUGCACCAUCGUCUCGGACCCCUCUUGCCAGCAGGUGAGGAACAUCGUGUGUGAUGACGUGCCCCCAUCGUCGGAGUGCGAGGUGCGCCUGCGGAGGACCUUCCUGGAGCCAGGGACCUACUGUGUCAACAUCACCCUGGAGGACGCCAGCAGUCUGGCCCUCACCACUACCACUACCAUCACUAUAAGCAACACUGACCCUGACACACCCGAGUCUAAAGCUCCUCAUGCUGCAGAGGUUGUCCUCUCCUCCACUGCUAUUCUGGUAGCCAUCUUUGCCUUCACUGCCUUCAUGGUCUACAAGCGCUAUAAAGUCUACAAGCGGGUGAGGAGGUCCCUGGUGGAGGACGCCAGUGGCCAUGUUGGUGUUGGGGGUCGUAUGGGCCGGCUGAGGGAGGUAAUAUUCCCCACCAACGAGGAGAGUCGCCGCCUGCUGUCGGACAGACACCCCAUGUAGACCCACCGAUGGUACUCCAGCCACAGGCUGCAAAUUUGGGGUGUGAAACAUUUUGAAAGGUGCAGAUAGAAAUAACUGGAUUCACUUUCGUACCUGACAAACAAGCAUAUCUGUUCUACACAAUACAUUUCUAUCUCAAUGUUCUGCAACUUUAUAUAAUCCUUAACAGGCCCCAGGAUUUUUACUCAGAGGUUCUUCAGUACCAAGUUUAAUUUUAGCACGUUCAUAAAUGCAUCACAAAGAAGAUAUCUAUACCAAUAACUAAGAUAACUAACAACUGUUAAUAAGAUAGCAAGAGGAACAUUUAACUUUUGAUAAUGUGAAAAUACUAGUGCCUUUUCUGUUUAGUUGACUUUGUUGUAGAAAAGUAUGUCUAUAGGAAGUCUACACCCUCCUUGGAUUUUUUCACAUUUUGUGUUACAAAGUGGGAUUAAAAUGGAUUUCAUUGUAAUUUGUCAACAGCCUACACAAAAGGUAUAUAUUUUAAAGAUGAAUGAAAAAUAAAACACUAACAUACCUUGAUUGGAUAAGUAUUCACCCCGAGUCAAUACAUGUUAGAAUCACCUGUAGCGGUGAUUACAGCUUUGCACACCUGUUGUGCAAUAUUUUCCCAUAAAAAUAUCCGAGCUCUGUGAAGGUGUGGAGGAUCAGGGCUAGACAGCCAUAGUUGUUCAAGCUCUGUGAAGGUGUGGAGGAUCAGGGCUAGACAGCCAUAGUUGUUCAAGCUCUGUGAAGGUGUGGAGGAUCAGGGCUAGACAGCCAUAGUUGUUCAAGCUCUGUGAAGGUGUGGAGGAUCAGGGCUAGACAGCCAUAGUUGUUCAAGCUCUGUGAAGGUGUGGAGGAUCAGGGCUAGACAGCCAUAGUUGUUCAAGCUCUGUGAAGGUGUGGAGGAUCAGGGCUAGACAGCCAUAGUUGUUCAAGCUCUGUGAAGGUGUGGAGGAUCAGGGCUAGACAGCCAUAGUUGUUCAAGCUCUGUGAAGGUGUGGAGGAUCAGGGCUAGACAGCCAUAGUUGUUCAAGCUCUGUGAAGGUGUGGAGGAUCAGGGCUAGACAGCCAUAGUUGUUCAAGCUCUGUGAAGGUGUUGAGGAUCAGGGCUAGACAGCCAUAGUUGUUCAAGCUCUGUGAAGGUGUUGAGGAUCAGGGCUAGACAGCCAUAGUUGUUCAAGCUCUGUGAAGGUGUUGAGGAUCAGGGCUAGACAGCCAUAGUUGUUCAAGCUCUGUGAAGGUGUUGAGGAUCAGGGCUAGACAGCCAUAGUUGUUCAAGCUCUGUGAAGGUGUUGAGGAUCAGGGCUAGACAGCCAUAGUUGUUCAAGCUCUGUGAAGGUGUUGAGGAUCAGGGCUAGACAGCCAUAGUUGUUCAAGCUCUGUGAAGGUGUGGAGGAUCAGGGCUAGACAGCCAUAGUUGUUCAAGCUCUGUGAAGGUGUGGAGGAUCAGGGCUAGACAGCCAUAGUUGUUCAAGCAGAUAAGUCUAGUGUAACUUGGCAGCUCAGGAACAUUCACCGUCUUCUUGAUAACUCCAGUGUGCAUUUGGGCUUAAUGUCCUGCUGAAAGGUUAGUUAAUUGGCCAGUGUCUGGUAGAAAGCAGACUGAAGCAGGUUUUCCUCUAGGAUUUUGCCUGUGCUUAGCUCCAUCCCAUUUCUUUUCACGGAAUUUGCCAAUGUCAAGCAGACCCAUUACAUGAUGCAGCCACCAUGCUUAAAAAUGAGUGAUGUGUUUGCUCCAAACAUAAGGCUUCGCAUUUAGGCCAAAAAGUGUAUUUUAUUGUUUUGUUGCAUACAGGAUGCAUGUUUAAGAAUAUGUGUAUUCUUUACACUGGUCUUACACAGUGCAUUCAGAAAGUAUUCAGACCCCUUGACUUUUUCCACAUUGUGUCAUUGUUGUGGAGUCAUUACAAUGUUAAUCCAUCCUCAGUUUGAUCCCAUCACAGCCAUUGAACUCUGUAGCCUUUCUAAAAAUCACCAAUGGCCUCAUGGUGAUAUCACUAAGCAGUUUCCUUCCAGUUCUGCAUCUCAGUUCAGAAGGACAUCUUUGAUGUGUCUGGGUGGUUUAAGACAUCAUAAAUUGUUAGUGUAUUUUAAGCAUGAUAAAGUUAAGUUACCAGGGGUGUUGACUGUGUACGGCAAAUGACAAAAAACGUUUGGGCUGGGGCAAUGUUUGAGGCAGCUCUGGUGGGAGAGUAAUAGUAAGUUCCCGUCCCAUUUCAAUAUCUAUCCGCUUCCAUUGGCCUUUUCAGAUCUGUGAACGGCUAAGGGCCUAGGAACCUAAAUGAAGCUGGGCAGAAGGUUGAUAGAUCUUCAGAGGUAUCGAUUUUGUCCUCACUCAUGAAUUUAUUAAAAUAUUUUUAUGCUGUG